UCUUUCAAUCUGUCAUGGCGGUGUAUCAGGCGUUGAUGGUUUUUUUUGUGCUAGUCUCAAAUUUUGUAUCUUUUCCACAGUAUUUGGGGGGGGUUUCUCUACUACUUCUAUUAACGAGGUCCUUUAUUACAAAACUUCUGAACAGAAUGUUGUUAUCAAGCGACAUUUAGUAGAUUGUAGUUAUUUUCUGUCCUAAACCAGCUUUGCUAGCAGCUUUGUGUUUUUUUGUUUAGCCGGUACUAGGUGUUGAUGUGCGGUUUUCAGUCAUGAAGACAGUUUUGAUGGUAGCGGAGAAACCGUCGUUGGCUCAAUCAAUUGCCAAAAUCCUCUCUAAAGGAAGCUGUUCUAGCCGUAAAGGUCUCAACGGAGCGUGCUCAGUGCAUGAGUACAUGGGCACCUUCUCUGGCCAAAGCAUGCGCUUCAAGAUGACGUCAGUGUGUGGACACGUCAUGAGUCUGGAUUUCAUAGGUAAAUAUAACAACUGGGACAAGGUGGAUCCAGCUGAGCUCUUCAGUAAAGCUCCCACGGAGAAGAAGGAGGCCAACCCCAAACUCAACAUGGUCAAGUUCCUGCAGGUUGAAGCCAAGGGCUGUGACUACGUGGUGUUGUGGUUGGACUGUGACAAAGAGGGCGAGAACAUCUGCUUUGAGGUCCUGGAUGCCAUCGAACCGGUGAUGACCCGUCCGUAUGGUGGUGAGAAAACGGUCUACCGCGCCAAGUUCAGCUCCAUCACCGACACGGACAUCUGGGCGGCCAUGAGCAAGCUGGGAGAGCCCAACCGCAACGAGGCCCUGUCCGUAGACGCCCGGCAGGAGUUGGACCUCCGCAUCGGAUGUGCCUUCACCCGGUUCCAGACCAAGUACUUCCAGGGUAAAUACGGCAACCUGGAUUCGUCCCUGAUCUCCUUCGGGCCGUGCCAGACUCCCACGCUGGGCUUCUGUGUGGAGCGACACGACAAGAUCCAGUCCUUCAAACCGGAGACCUACUGGGUCAUCCAGGCCAAGGUGUUCAAGGGGAAGGACAGUCCGCUGACUUUGGACUGGGACAGGGUGAGGGUCUUCGACAGAGAGGUGGGUCAGAUGUUUGUCAACAUCACCAAGACGUCCAAGGAGGCCAAGGUGGAGUCGGUGAGUAAAAAGGAGAAGGCCAAACAGAGACCUCUGGCCUUGAACACCGUUGAGAUGCUCCGAGUGGCCAGUUCCUCGCUAGGUAUGGGUCCUCAACACACCAUGCAGAUAGCUGAGCGUCUCUACACCCAGGGCUACAUCAGCUACCCCCGCACGGAGACCAACCACUACCACGACAACUUUGACCUGAAGGGAACACUCAAACAACAGGCCAACAAUCCAUUCUGGGCCCAAGAGGUGAAGGCCCUGCUGUCCGAGGGCCUGAACCGUCCCAGGAAGGGGGCAGAUGCAGGAGACCAUCCCCCCAUCACCCCCAUGAGGGCUGCCUCUGAGGGAGAACUGGGAAGUGACGGCUGGCGGCUGUAUGAGUACAUCGUCCGCCACUUCAUCGCCACAGUCAGUCAGGACUGUAAGUAUCUGCAGACAACCAUCUCCUUCAGCAUCGCCAGCGAGGGAUUCUCCUGCAGCGGAAAGACACUCAUAUCCCCUGGCUUCACGGAGGUCAUGCCCUGGCUCGGGAUCCCCGUGGAGGAGGCCAUGCCGGUGUGUGAGAGAGGAGACGUGUUCAGCGUGGAGGAGGUGAAGCUCGUGGAGCGACAGACCUGCCCUCCAGACUACCUCACGGAGGCUGACCUCAUCACACUCAUGGAGAAACACGGCAUAGGUACUGACGCCAGCAUCCCAGUCCACAUCAACAACAUCAGCCAGAGGAACUAUGUGACGGUGGAGAGCGGACGCAAGCUCAAACCCACCAACCUGGGCAUCGUUCUGGUACAUGGAUACUACAAGACAGAUGCAGAGCUGGUCCUACCCACCAUCCGUAGUGCAGUGGAGAAACAGCUGAACCUGAUCGCCCAGGGCAAGGCCAACUACCAGCAGGUCCUCCAACACACCCUGGACAUCUUCAAGAGGAAGUUCCACUACUUCUUCGACUCCAUCGCCAGUAUGGAUGAACUGAUGGAGGCGUCCUUCUCUCCGAUCGCCGCCACCGGGAAGCCCCUGUCCCGCUGCGGGAAGUGUCAUCGCUUCAUGAAGUACAUCCAGGCCAAGCCCAGCCGGCUGCACUGUGCCGGGUGUGACGAGACCUACAGUCUGCCUCAGAACGGGGCCAUCAAGCUGUACAAGGAGCUCCGCUGCCCGCUGGAUGAGUUUGAGCUGGUACUGUGGACAUCAGGGUCCAGGGGCAAGAGCUACCCCCUCUGUCCCUACUGCUUCAGCAACCCCCCCUUCAGGGACAUGAAGAAAGGUAUGGGUUGUAAUGAGUGUACCCACCCGUCCUGUCAACACAGUCUCAACUCCCUGGGUAUAGCCCAGUGUGUGGAGUGUGAGGCUGGGGUUCUGGUGUUGGACCCCAACUCUGGGCCCAAGUGGAAGAUGGCCUGCAACAAGUGUAACGUGAUGGUCCACUUCUUUGAGCAGGCCCAUCGUGUCCAGGUGGCGUUGGAGAGCUGUGAGACGUGUGAAGCGUCCCUGGUGGCGGUGGACUUCAACAAGACGCGCUCCCCUCUCCCGGAUGGUGAGACCCAGCACAGCGGGUGUGUGUUCUGUGACCCCGUCUUCCAGGACCUGGUGGAGCUCAAACACGCCACCAUGAGGCACCCCUCCAUGACCAGGGGCGGGGGUGCGAGGAGAGGGGGGCGGGGCAGGGGGCGGGGGCGCAGGGAAAAGAAACCCAAAGAUAAAAUGGCGGCUUUGGCUGCGUACUUUGUCUAGAAGCCAAGUGGUUCGGGUCGGAGGUCAAUGUGUUAAUCCGCAGGGUUGGGGUCAAAUAUCUUACCAAGACGUCGUUGACGGGACUGUUUCCCAGUUAUUGAGUUACUGGAAUUUCAGUUAUUCUGCCUUUAAUUUUAAAUAACACCAACUCUGUAGUGUUAUUAUGGGGUGGAAAGAAAAUGCCAUCAUGUGUAAAUAUAGGGGUUUUUUUCUAUUUAAA